AUGGAUCGGUACACCAAGAAACGUAAGGUACUUCGCACUCAAGUGACACGCCUCAUGAAUGAGUGCAACGAACGACUCAAUCAACAGCUGACGCCAGAAGAUGCGAACGUUUUACACGACCAACUGACGGGACUUAAGGUAGGGCUAAUUGACGUGAACAAAAAGAUCGAACCUUUAGUCCCUGAUCAAGACAGCGAGACUGAGUUUACUCAAGUCUUCGAAUACAACGAUAGAAUCACAGCCUGUCUUUCAAGACUAGCACAUCGAGGUAGGACAGGCUUUCCGAAUCAGCAAAGCCCACCGAUAACCGAUAGAAACGACAACCCCACUGGUGCGACAACGAGAAUUCGAAUGAGGCUACCAAAGCUCGAGCUGAUUAAGUUCAACGGCUCCGUCAGCCAGUGGCAAGAAUUUUGGGAACAAUUCAACCAAGUUGUACAUUAUAACAACGAACUAACAGAGGUUGACAAGUUCAACUAUCUGAAUACAGCAGUGACUGGAGAUGCUGCAGCAGCGAUUGCCGGACUUCCGUCGACCGCACGAUGCUACGAAGACGCGGUCACAUUGUUGAAGAGUCGCUUCGGAAACCAAGACCUGCUCGUCCAGACCCACCUAAAAAGACUGAUCGAUGUCAAGCCAGUGCGUUCUGCCUUUGACAUUCGUGGCCUUCGUUGUCUUUACGACACAGUGAUCUCAAACAUCAGAGGUCUGGAAACGUUGGGAAGACAGCAGGAAACCUUCAGUUCUAUGUUAUUUCCCAUCGUUCAACGUGCCCUCCCAAAAGAACUACUCCUAGACUUCAACAGGAAAUUAGUGAUGGAGCAGCCGGAGGACUUAAUAGUUCCACGAAACACGCUAACGGCGACGACAACGCAACCAAGAGAGUCUUCGCAUCCCAGCGAUGAAGAAAGAACAUCUCCACAACGGAGGACGGAAGAUUCGUUUUCCAAGUUAGUUCACUUUUUAAGACUUGAAGUACUAAGUCGAGAAAACCUCGCUGCCUUGCAAGCUAUGGAUACUUAUGGCGAGCCGCGGAAAAAAGAAGCAGAUCACAAGAAAAAUGAAGACAACGAGAAAGCACGGAAGAGUCAAACUUCGGCGGCUCUACUGAAUCCGUCCUCAAGGGGCGAUCGAUGUUUUAUUUGUAAGUCGACUCGACAUACCGCUGACAACUGCGACGCCGGUACAUCUUUACGAGAGAAAAAAGACCUGCUCCGAAAAGAGAGGCGAUGCUUCAGAUGUACCAAGAAGAACCAUCAAGCAAAGGAGUGUCGGAGCAACAUAAGAUGCCAGAAGUGCGGAGGAAGACACGCAACAUCAAUGUGUGAUCCAAAUUACUCUCCAGGAAAACGGACAAAUAAUGAUACCGUCACAACAAGUGUCCCCGUCAACUUGGAAGCGACGACGAACAACCAGGAAAAACCGAUAGUCUUCAUGCAAACCGCCACAAUUUGGUGUACUGGCGACAAAAAAAAGUUUCAACUCCGAGCACUUUUUGACGGGGGAAGUCAACGCACUUUCGUUACAGAAAAAGCAUCCAGAAAACUUGGUUGUAAGCUAUUAGGUCAUGAGCGUUUGACAGUCGGUGUCUUCGGUGGCAGCGUCACAGAGAAGGAAUUCCAGCGUGUAUUGGUGUUUUUGACAACACAGACCGGAAAGAUACAUCAACUCGAGGUGUUGGAGACCGAACUGAUAUGCAACCAACGAAUUCCAGUUCCGUCUAAACACCUUAACGACAAACUCAAAGAGCUAAACUGCUCCAUCGGGGACCUCUCCAACGAUGAGGGACCGACAACCAUCGAUCUUCUGGUUGGAUCUGAACAAUUCUGGGAGCUGACCACUGGACGGUCACGUAAGCUGGAAGGAGGGCUCAGGGCAGUUGAAUCUGUCUUUGGAUGGAGCGUUCAAGGACCAGUCGAGGGAGCCACAGAAGAGCUUCCUUGUUAUCAGAUCACAGCUCUCAAUGCUGAAGUGACCGAGUCUAGGACAGACAUUCUGAAGAAAUUCUGGACACUGGAGACCAUCGGUGUCAAUGAUUUCGAAAAGAACGAUAUGGGGAACGAUCCCGUGAUGAACAAUUUUGAACAAACUGUGACACAAGUAAAUGGACGGUACAAAGUUGCCCUUCCCUGGAAGAACAUGGUGGACCUUGGGGACAACAAGGGGGUCGCUAUAAAACGCCUGCACCAGCAAAUCGGGGUACUGAAGGUACUGGGACUCACCUGGGAUCCAGACUCCGAUAGGUUGACGUUUACGACGAGCUUCAGAUUAGAACAACAAGAGAAAGAAACUAAACGAAGCGUCGUGAGAACGACUGCAAGGCUCUACGACCCCCUGGGAUGGAUAUCCCCCUUCACUGUCAGAGCGAAAUCGCUGUUUCAGCAACUGUGGAAAAGGAAGGUCAAUUGGCAUGAUAGCAUUCCCGAUGAUAUGAAAGAAGAAUGGUUCCAGUGGUGUGCCGAACUAGACGAACUUAACAAGAUUCAAGUGCCACGUUUUUACGGGUUUCUAUCGAAGGGCCGUUCAGAGAACGUUGCGUUGCAUAUCUUUGCUGAUGCAAGCACCGUAGCCUACGGUGCGGUUGCGUACGUCUGCAGUGCCGACGUUGAAGGUAACAGCGUAUCGACUAUUGUGAUGAGUAAAUCAAGAAUAGCACCGGUGAAACCACUAACUUUGGCAAGACUGGAACUGAUGGCUUGCCUUCUCGCUGCCAGAUUAUACAAAUGA